UGGCUACCUUAUAUAUAAACCCAACAGGAGCUGGAUUUGUCCAUAUACAUCAAAGGAUUCAUUUUGCAAUAAGUGGCACCCAGAGAGAUUCCUCCAACUUCUUCCCUAAAAUGCCAAACCAAGAAAACUCAGUGGCUGUGGUCAUGGUGCCAUUCCCCGCACAAGGCCAUCUCAACCAGCUGCUUCACCUCUCUCGGAUCGUCCUCUCCUAUGGCAUCCCGGUCCAUUAUGUUGCUACACCCACACACAACCGCCAGGCAAAGAUCCGAGCGCACGGUUGGGACCCGGUGGCCGCUGCAAAUUUCCAUUUCCAUGACUGCCAAGUCCCUCCUUUUCUUUCCCCUCCUCCAGACCCCAGUUCAGCAAUCAAGUUCCCUUCUCAUCUCCAGCCCUGUUUUGAUGCCUGCUGGCAUCUUCGUCAGCCUGUCACUGAGUUGUUACGCAUGCUUUCUUCACAAGCAAGAAAGGUCAUUGUCAUUCAUGACUCUAUGAUGGGAUCUGUAGUUCAAGAAGUUGGUUCAAUCGCCAAUGCGGAGUCCUACACUUUCCAUACCGUUUCUGCUUUUAGUCUCUUCUUUUAUGUAUGGGAAUCAAUUGGGAAGCCAGAAGUUAAUGCAGAAAUGCCUGAUGAAGGCGACGUUCCUUCUCUAGAAGGAUGCUUCACCAAGGAUUUCUUGGAGUUCAUCGCCUUGCAAUUCCAAUAUCUCAGAGACAAUGCUGGGAUCAUAUACAACACAAGCAAAGUGAUAGAAGGUCCUUACUUGGAGUUGCUCGAAGGCAUAAUGAGAGGAAAGCAACAUUGGGCUUUAGGGCCAUUCAAUCCAGUAAGAAUACCUGGAAAAAACAGUUCGGCUAGCCGGUACUUCUGCUUGGAGUGGCUUGACAAACAAGCUACAAAUUCUGUACUGUACGUGUCAUUUGGGACAACAACCGCCAUGGAUGAUGAGCAAAUCAAGGAGCUCGCGAUUGGUUUGAGGAAAAGCAACCAAAAGUUCAUUUGGGUAUUAAGAGAUGCAGACAAAGGAGAUGUUUUCAAUGGAGAAGUGAGAAGACCGGAACUUCCACAAGGGUAUGAAGAUUCAGUGAAAGAUACGGGAUUGGUGGUGAGAGACUGGGCACCCCAGCUGGAGAUUUUAGCGCACCCAGCCACAGGUGGCUUUGUGAGCCACUGCGGCUGGAAUUCUUGCAUGGAAAGUAUCACCAUGGGAGUACCAAUAGGGGCAUGGCCUAUGCACUCUGAUCAACCAAGAAACGCAGUGCUGAUUACAAAAUUGCUCAAAGUUGGCAUUGCUGUCAAGGACUGGGAGCGGCGGGAUGAGACAGUGACAGCACCAAUAGUUGAAGAUGCUGUGAAACGUUUGAUGGCCUCCAAGGAAGGAGAUGAGAUGAGGAAGAGGGCAGCAGAAGUUGGUGGUGCCGUGCGGCAGUCGGUGGCUGAAGGUGAGGUUUCUCAGAAGGAGAGGGACUCCUUCAUUGCUCAUAUCACUAGGAUUACAGGAAAUGAAUUAGAAUGAAGCGACAAAGAAAGAAAAAGGCAGAAUGAAGAGAGAAAAGGAGGUAGCAUCAUUUGGGGCCUGUCUAGAAUCUAUCCUCUACCCUACCAAUGGCCUGUUGGUAUUAAAUGGCCAUUUUGGUGAUUUCAUAAUUAAAAUGAGCAAUAGUUUUCCGAGCCAUUAAAGGGACAGCAGCCUUUCAAAAGAAAUUUAGAGGGACAGCUCUGUAUAUGUAAUUGUAGGUCCUUUUACCCCACCGAACCGCCCGUCAUUUUCCUUCGCAUACCCCCAUUUAUUGUUCUCACUAACCUUCUAAUUACCUCCUCAAUACUGCUCUUACAUAUGUUCACUACAGUCAACGUGAAAAUCAAUAUACAAUAUAUAUAUAUAUA